GUCACCUUCAAUCUCCUUUGGAUCAAAUGAAGAACUUCAAACUUGUCCGAUCAUGAGAGAGGACAUCUGAAGAGUGUUGAGCAAGCAACCACCGAGCUUGAAAGAUCCCCUCACACAUCAUCAACCGAAAGAAAAUCAUGCCAGAAACGAACCCCGCAGUGCGUCCUCCGUUCGCCGACGGCCGAGCGCCAGAAUUAUCUGCUGGGCAACAAGGAAACAGUUUCGCAGAAUCUUCCCAGUUGUUCCCCGUCUGCGUGGUCGACAAUGGAACGGGUCACAUCAAAGCCGGUCUGAUCACGGACUCCGCGCCAACGGUGGUCAUGCCAAACGUUCUGGCAAAACCGAAAACGAAGCAGCAGAUGGUGCUUGGGGCGGCGGCGGGUGUAUGCUGGGAGAAAGAAGUUGAUAGAUGAGGUGACGAAGAUCUUUCAUGCAAGAAGGCCGUUUUGCUGUUGUGUAAGUGCUACUAGCUAGCUUCUGAUGCACGCUAUAUGAAAACUUCGUUAUCGUUCGUGCUGCGCAAUGCGCAUGAUGUGGUUGGGCAUGGCCUCAUUCAUCACAAGCUUCUUUGCCCAUAUUGCUCAAGUACGGGUGGCGGGUCGAGCGGGUCCACGGCUUACUUCAUCGGGUGUAUAUACUAGUUUGUUCUACUACAACAGCUUGUAUGGUGUCCUCACUGAUACAGUCUUCAAACAUUAUACGUUGCGAGCCACGCCAUUGUUAGUUCUGCACGUUGCAUGAUUACAUUACGGACGAAACAAGCUAGUGGAUAUGCGACUCCGAGCACCUUUCUAUAUUCCGCCAAAACAAAGGUCUGAUGCCGUGCAGAAGCGAGGGAUCUCCGAGUUCUUCUACCCCUAUGGAAUGGAGAAACGUUUGUGAUGCGUGAACUUGCAGCAAUGGUAUGCUAUGAAGAAGUUGAAGUGCCACUUGUCUAUGCAGCAGGGGAGCUGUUGUAUGUAGCUUGACGCUGCCCCCCCCCCCAGCACGGAGACGUCUAGCAUUUUUGAAAUUGAAAGCGUGGACCAUGUUGUAGUGCGAUUUCUUCACAGCAGCCAAGUGCUUCAUGACCGCAUCACAAGUCCCUCUCUUGGAUGAAGCGAUUUCCCACGGCAUCGUGACGGACUGGGACCACAUGGAGAAGAUUUGGCGAGUAUGAAGAGAAUGUAGUCCGGUGGCUGUUCUUGUUGCGCACCCUGUCAUGCAGAGUGUUGUCAUGUCGUCUUAGUGUUUGUGCACCAGCACAGCACAAGUGCACU